AACAAAUAGUCUUGAUGUUUCAAUUUCACAUUGCAUGUAAAGUAAACAUCACUUCACUUUUUUACUAAGCUAAAUGUACAUCAGAAAUCUUAAAUUUUUCAUUAAAUCAACUUCACUGAGUUGAUGAAGUGACUCAUCACCUUUCCUGCCUGCUCUUUACAACUCCUCAAUUAUAGAGAUCCAGUCUGAAAGCAAACAGCUUCUACUGUGAAAACCUAAACCAGUAAAAAGAAAACAAAAGCAAACCCAGAAUAGUUAUGGUUUUCUUUAAUUGGGAAUGAGGAAAAAUAAUUAUAAUGCUGAUUUUAUGUGCUGACAAGGUAUGAUCAUAUGGAGGUAGAUAUCUAUAGUUAUUAUGCCCAAUCAGAACUUUGAUUUUAUACUACAAUAUCAGUGUCUUCUACCUUCUUUCUGAGUUAAUUGCAUUUCUUUACUCUCACCCUUUAUAGCAAGCUGCUCCCUACUAAGUUUACUCAAUGCAGCAUGAACCAGUUUAUGACUUAUCUCCUGAAGCUGUCAUUUGAGUGUCUGAUGAAUAAACCCAAAAUAGGAAGAUUUAUAUCCCCACCAUUCUGUGGAAACAACUUAAUCGAGAAUGGAGAGCAGUGUGACUGUGGAGCUGAAAAGGAAUGCACCAAUCCUUGCUGUGAUGCCUCCACAUGUAAAUUGAAAGCAGGAGCUGUAUGUGCAGAUGGGGAAUGCUGCGAGAAAUGUCAGUUUAAGAAAGCGGGAAGCAUGUGCCAACAUAGCUUUCAUGAGUGUGACCUUCCAGACACAUGUGAUGGGAAAUCCAAUCGUUGUCUCGAUUUGUUCAAAAAAGAUGGCACCUCUUGUAUGGAUGGCCAAGGGUAUUGUCUACAUGGAAAGUGUCCAACAAUGGAAAACCAGUGCAUUGACCUGUGGGGUUCAGAUGCUCUUGUAGGUGCUGAUUACUGCUUUGACUACAACUUAGAUGGCACAUUCUAUGGAUACUGUACCAAGUCAGGGGACAUAUAUCUAAAAUGCUCUUCUCCGUGA